AUGGGUAACAUACAAUCCGAUUUUGAAAAAGUGGGUGAUGCCUUUAAAGAAGCUGGACAACAGAUAGAAAAUGGAUUUAAGGUGGUUGGAAAUGGUGUAGUUAACGUAACAAGGACAGCAGUUGAAGGCACGGUGGACACAGCAAAUACAGUCGCCGAUGGUACAGUUAUGGUUGCAACAAUUAUUGGUGAUAGUUUAGGAGGAUUUACCGAUGAAUAUGAGAAAACAUAUGAAAAUGUUAGUCAUUUUUCAUUGGCACCAUCCUUCGGAGCAAAUCUGACGUCCGACUCUUGCUCUGCUAUGGAUAAAUAUUUAUUAGCCGCAAUUGGUGAAACAUUUUUUCAUACGGUUAAUAACAAACAAUCUUCCUCAUGGGAUGAAACAUUGCAACUGAUGUCAACAAAUAAAUAUUUACAAGAAACUUCAUCGCAGUCAAAAUCAAGUACAUUUGAUAAUGGUAGUACAGAAGUAUUUAAAUCGGGUCAGUCCGUUGAUGAAAUAAUGGUCGGUCAAAUGUGUUCAUGGUUUCGCAAUUUUAUUGGCGAUAGUGAUAUUUUAGAUAGUCUUCAUUUGGAUAUUAAUUCAAUCGCACGAGUUGCAUCAACAAAAGGUACAUCCAAACCGAAAAGUUUAGCAUCAGCUAUCCGUCGACAUGAGCGUUAUGAAAAAACAAUAGUUGAUAUUGGUUUACUGGAAUUUCCAGAUGUAUCGAAACCCUAUUUUACAUUGUACAGAAUACAGUUAACAUCAUGGUCAGAUUCUACAAGAACAAUGUUUGUCGAAGAAAAUUCAAAUGGUAUUACUUCUGAUUUAACAAUAAAAACGUAUAAACCAAAUGUAGAAUUUAUGCAAACAAUAGCACAUGAUGUUCUUCAAACCGCAAUAGCAGAAGCUGAAAAUCUAUUCUCUUCAGCAAAACCACGUCAAAAUGUUACUGAUUACGGUUAUGACGAUCGGUUUCAUGCUUGGGUUGAUGUUCAAGGUCUAGGUAUUCGGAAUGAUUAUGCACGUUACGUUGGUCCAGGCAAUGAACAUCAGUUUGUGUGGUUAUCGGUAGCGCUGGCUGGCUCUUCUGACCCGUAUACACCACCAGGAAUGUACAAAGAAGAGAAUGGCAUUGUUACACGUAAUUAA